UCUACUAACUGGACUCUCCCUCCCUCGCUCCCACCCUCCCUCACUCUCUCUCUCCGAAAACAGACAAAAUGCGAUUUCUACUCUUCCUACUACUACUGCUAAUCUACUUGCAUCUUCACCGUCUAACUGCUGCUCGUCUGCCGCAAUACAAGGCCCUGCUCUCCCUGAAAGCAGCCAUCUCCGACGACUCCCAAACGCUGUCCUCCUGGGACAUCUCCACUAGCCAUUGCACAUGGUCUGGGGUCACGUGCGAUUCAUACCGCCACGUCAUAGCGCUAGACAUCUCUGGCCGCAACCUCUCCGGUACUCUCUCCUCCGAUGUCGGCCACCUUCGCUUCCUCCUUCACCUCACUGUUGCCGUCAACCAGAUCUCCGGUCCUAUUCCACCUGAAAUCUCCCUAAUAUCCGGCCUGCGCUACCUCAAUCUCUCCAACAAUGUGUUCAAUGAAACAUUCCCUUCGCAACUGGCUCGUCUUAAAAGCCUCCAAGUGCUGGACCUUUAUAACAAUAACAUGACCGGAGUCCUACCUGUCGUCGUCUCCGAAAUGACAAGCCUCCGCCACCUUCACCUUGGCGGCAAUUACUUCUCCGGUACCAUUCCCCUGGAGUACGGCCGCUUUCCAUCCCUGGAGUACCUGGCGGUUUCAGGCAACGAGCUGGUCGGCGCUAUUCCUCCUGAAAUCGGAAACUUAUCGACGCUACAACAACUCUAUGUCGGGUACUACAACGCCUUUUCCGGAGGAAUACCACCAGAGAUCGGAAACUUAUCCGGGCUCAUCCGAUUCGACGGUGCGAACUGUGGCCUCACCGGCGAGAUUCCGCCAGAGAUUGGCAAGCUUCAGAACUUGGACACUCUGUUUCUACAAGUGAACGCCCUCUCCGGACCGCUUACCACGGAGCUUGGUUACUUGAAGAGCUUGAAAUCAAUGGAUCUAUCAAACAACGUGUUUUCCGGGGAAAUACCAGCCUCAUUUGCUGAGCUCAAGAACUUAACACUUCUCAAUCUAUUCCGAAACAAGCUCCACGGCUCCAUACCGGACUUCAUCGCCGAUUUGCCGAAGCUGGAGGUGUUGCAACUCUGGGAGAACAACUUCACCGGCAGCAUACCUCAAGGUUUGGGGACGAAUGGAAAGCUUCAACUCGUCGAUCUCUCUUCGAAUAAACUAACCGGAACUCUUCCUCCAAAUUUGUGCUCCAGUAAUUCUCUGCAAACAUUAAUCACUUUAGGCAACUUCUUGCUCGGUCCCAUUCCAGAAUCGCUAGGCGAAUGCCAAUCGCUGAGCCGAAUUCGCAUGGGAGAGAACUAUCUUAAUGGCUCGAUUCCGAAGGGCCUCCUGAGCCUUCCUAAGCUCACGCAGGUCGAACUUCAAGACAAUCUUCUAUCUGGAGGAUUUCCUGAAACUCAUUCAACAUCUGUCAGUCUUGGACAGAUUAGUCUGUCCAAUAACCAUCUCACUGGUUCAUUACCGGCGAGUAUUGGCAACUUUUCCGCCGUCCAGAAGCUUCUGCUAGAUGGAAAUCAGUUCUCUGGCGGCAUUCCUCCUGAAAUCGGGAGGUUGCAACAGCUAUCAAAGAUUGACUUCAGCCACAACAGUUUCUCUGGCCCAAUUGCCCCGGAAAUCAGCAAGUGCAGGUUCUUGACUUUCCUUGACCUCAGCCGGAACCAGCUCUCGGGCGAAAUUCCGACUGAGAUUACAGGUAUGCGGAUACUGAAUUACUUGAAUGUGUCCAAAAACCACUUAGUGGGAAGCAUUCCAGCCUCCAUAGCUUCAAUGCAAAGCCUGACUUCCGUUGAUUUUUCGUAUAAUAAUCUAUCUGGCCUAGUCCCGGGCACUGGUCAGUUCAGUUACUUCAACUAUACUUCUUUUCUUGGCAAUCCUGAACUCUGCGGCCCGUACUUGGGUCCUUGCAAAGAUGGGAUCGCCAGUAGCACUCACCAGGGGCAUGUUAAGAGGUCAUUCUCAGCUUCUUUGAAGCUGUUGCUUGUUGUUGGGUUGCUAGUUUGUUCAAUUGUUUUUGCGAUUGCUGCAAUAAUCAAGGCCCGAUCACUGAAGAAGGCAAGUGAGGCACAGGCAUGGAAGCUCACCGCAUUCCAACGUCUGGAUUUCACUUGUGAUGAUGUCUUGGAUUGCCUGAAGGAAGACAACAUUAUAGGUAAAGGAGGUGCUGGUAUUGUUUACAAGGGUGCGAUGCCAAAUGGUGACCAGGUUGCAGUGAAAAGGUUGCCAGGAAUGAGUUGUGGGUCAUUCCAUGACCAUGGUUUCAAUGCAGAGAUACAGACCCUUGGGAGGAUUAGGCACCGUCACAUUGUAAGAUUAUUGGGGUUCUGUUCAAACCACGAAACAAAUCUUUUAGUUUACGAGUACAUGCCCAAUGGUAGCUUAGGAGAAGUGCUUCAUGGCAAGAAAGGGGGCCAUCUGCACUGGGACACAAGGUAUAAGAUUGCAGUGGAAGCUGCCAAGGGCCUCUGUUAUCUUCACCAUGAUUGUUCCCCUAUUAUCCUCCAUCGAGAUGUGAAGUCCAACAAUAUCCUGCUUGAUUCCAAUUUUGAAGCACAUGUGGCUGAUUUUGGCCUGGCCAAGUUCUUGCAGGAUUCCGGCACUUCUGAGUGCAUGUCAGCUAUUGCUGGUUCAUAUGGAUAUAUUGCACCAGAAUACGCCUACACACUCAAGGUUGAUGAGAAGAGUGAUGUUUACAGCUUUGGGGUAGUUCUUUUAGAACUUGUAAGUGGCAGAAAACCAGUUGGGGAGUUUGGUGAUGGAGUAGACAUAGUACAGUGGGUGAGGAAGAUGACUAAUGGGCAGAAGGAAGGGGUGCUAAAGAUCCUUGACCCAAGACUUCCCACAGUCCCCAUCCAUGAGGUGAUGCACGUAUUCUAUGUGGCAAUGCUCUGCGUUGAAGAACAGGCGGUUGAGCGCCCUACGAUGCGGGAAGUUGUCCAAAUACUAACAGAGCUGCCAAAGCAACCCAGUCAAAAACAGGGAGGAGACUUGACUGAUUCACCCCCGCCUCCAGCCAGUGCAGUAGAGUCUCCUAUUGCAGCACCUAAGGAUGCAAGAGAACGCCAUCAGCCACCAGUGCCGCCGCCUCAGUCUCCACCACCUGAUCUGCUGAGCAUUUGAAGAGUGUUUGUUUUCCUCCUCUUGUCAUUACCUUUCCUUGGUUAAUUAAGUGGGUGGGAUGGGUUUAAUCUUUUAUACUUUAGGGCGUGGUUCGUUAACUUUGUAAGUUUUCUUAUGUACAGUUUUUUUUUUUUUUGGGGGGGGGGCGUGUUCUCUUUUAACGAAGUCUCCUUGAUUGCUCGUGUUCUAGUCAUGUUUAUGGCCCUGCCAGUUCUGCUAGUGUUAGCUUUUCCAAGGAGAGAGAAUCUGAUGGCUUCGACCAAACAAUCCAUCGCUUAUUUCACCAUUCCUGCAUGUGACAAACGAGCCGGUGCCACUAAGCCCAUUGCGGAAGUUUUUCUGUUCCAACUGAUCAUUAUAAGAUAUCUUUAUAAUGUAGUCAUGCUAUUACUCAAGGCCCCUUUUUGUACAAGAAAUCUAAUUUUGUGUUUCUAACUUCCUAAUAUUUUUUU